AUGCCACACGCUGAUCAAAAAAUUGAUAUCAUUGUGUAUGGUGCAACAGGUUUCACAGGCAAACUGGUUUGCACUUACUUCAAAACCCAAUAUUUAGAUCACAAUGGUUCUUCAGAGGAGACACUCAAAAUCGGUAUAGGUGGUCGAUCGAAAGAAAAACUUGAGAAAGUGAAAUCUGAAUUAGAUUUACCUUCUUCUUUACCGACCUUUGUGGUCGAUUCAUUCGAUGCUGAUGGUUUAGCAAAUAUGUGUAAACAAACCAAAGCUGUUAUCACAUUAGUCGGACCUUAUGCAUUAUAUGGUGAUGCUCUAAUUUCAGCUUGUGCUGAAAAUGGAACCCAUUAUUUUGAUUUGACGGGUGAAGCCCUAUGGGUUUCACGUCAGAUCUCUCGACUCACAACCAAAGCAAAAGAUUCCAAAGCCAUCAUAAUCCCAAGUUGUGGAUUCGAUUCGGUCCCCAGCGAUUUGAAUACCAUGAUCGCAGCUCAUGAAUUAAAAAAGAUUACCGGUCAAGAUUCAAGUGUCGGAUUAGUCACGUCGGGUGUCCAAGUUAAAUCGGGUUUCAGUGGAGGAACUGUCGCUAGCUUGUUGACCAUGUAUGAUGAGGGUCUUCCUGCCUUGCGCAAAACCAUGUCGUGCUAUUUUUUGAGUCCUGUUGAAGGUGUCCAGAAGAGAACAGGAGAUUGGAUUACACGCGAGGGUCCCCUCGUAGGUGGUUUCUUCUUCAUGGCGCCACACAAUUGCGCCAUUGUACGUCGCUCGUGGGGCUUACUCCAAUCUUCAGACGGCGAGACUGUACCGGAUCACGCUAGAUAUGGACCUCAAUUUACCUACUACGAGUACAUGAUCACACCAGGUGCACUGGCUGGGUUUCUCUUAACUCUAGCCUUUAGGAUCAUUGGGUUUGUUCUCCUUAUCCCUCAAAUCAGAGGAUUGGUCAGAAGAUUUGGUCCUCAAAGUGGAGAUGGUCCUUCGAAAAAAGAACGAGAAUCGGGUUGGUUCAAAAUGAUCACAACUGCUCAUUCGCUGGAUGAUGAUGUACAAGUUAGCUCGACCAUGCGCGGUAAUAAGGACGCAGGUUAUGCUUGGACAUCAAUGUGUAUUGCAGAAUGUGCAGUAACCGUAAUCAAAUCGUACGAUGAACUUACCCCACUGGCUAAAGCUGGAGGCAUUCUGACCCCAGCUACUGGUUUGGGUGAUGCGCUUCGUCGACGACUUCAAUCGAAUAAAGUUAUCGAACUUGAGAUUGAAGUGAUCAAGAAUGAUAAGAAAAAAGAUAACUGA